CACAUGAAUAAUUUAUCAAAACGCUCUUGAGUAGAUUAAAGUAUAAAAAUAAGAAAAAAGAAAAUAGAUAAUUAAGAGAUAAAUAAAUCAAGAAAAAAAUGUUCAUAUCGAUAAAGAAGAAAACUGAAUUUUCAAUGCCGCUUCUGCUGCUAUCUAUGCGGAGGCUUAGUAAUUAAAAGACAGUUUUUAUUUUAAUGAUCUUGAUUGUUUGAUAAAAAAGUUAAUUAAUCGAUUUAAUGCUAGGAUAAAUGAAUUUUGGCUCAUAAUGAUUUAAAUAAGGAAAAUUCUGGUUAAACCAAGAGAAAGCAAAUUGUACUGCCAUUUAACGUACGUAAAACGUAUUACAUACUGUUGUGUGGUGUGUGCUCGCGCGUGCGUGUUGCCUGUGCAUCUGUGUGUAUGAUAUAAAAUCUCUUUAUUUCCAAUUUUCCCUUAUAUAUAAUUCUUUUUAAAAUAACCUAUACUUGUGGACUACUUUUUACAUAUACAUACGUGCUUACAGUCGGUAAAUUUUGUAAACAAGAUCUUUUUUAAUCUUUUAAUUUAUCCCACAUGUCAAUUCCAUUCAUUCUAAAAUCAUGCGAAUAAUUCUAAUCCUAAAAUAUUUCUAAUCCUAAUCUCAAAGUAUCACAAAAUAAUAUAAGAAAUUUCAAAGAAGCGUUAUGCUAUAUGCAAAAAAGUACGUUUCAUAAACAGGAUUUAAUAUUUCUACAUCGCUUUUGUAUAUGUAACAUUACAUUAAUCUCUUAAUCUCGAUCUCAUUUAUAAAUAAUAUAAUACAUUUAUAAUUAUUAAAUUACUAAUUACAUACUAUUAAUGUUCAUUGUAAAAAACCAAAAACAUGCCAAAUAUUCGCUUAUGUAUAUAAGCAUGACGCUUCUAUGUCGAUAUAUUAUCGACAUUAAUUAACUAAUUUUUCUUUUAUUUUCUUUUUAAUUUCUUUUUUCGUUUAAAUAUUCAAGUAAAAAUUUAAUUAAAUAACGACAAAUUGUGAGCAAAUAUCUUUUUUAGAUAAUGUAGAAAGAUACAGUAUGUGAAUUAUGAAUUUCAAAGUCUAUUCUAUAUCAAACAUAUUCGAUUGAGAGAAAUGAUUUCUGAAAAAGAUUUUUAAAAAUUAAACUGAUUAGUUGUGAAUAGACGGAUAAAGAGAAAGCGAGCGAGAGCGAAAGAAAGAGAGAGAGAUUAGAAAUAAAAAAAGUACGAAUGAUUGUUUGUUAAUUAGUAUGUUGUGUGCAUGAAAAUGUGAAAAAUGCCAAUAAAAAAUAACAAUAAUAUUACGUUUGUUCGAAGAUUCGAAUUAAAUACGAGCUUGUGUGAAUAAAAGAAGGAAACAAAAAAGACAAAAUAAUUAACAAACAAACAAAAUCAAAUCAACGAUAAGAUUAUUCUUCUCAUAGAUUUUUUUAAUUAUUAAACGCAGUGUUCUUAGGUUAUGCCAUCAAAGAUAUUCUUUUAUAUCUCGUUUUUUUUGUUUUUCGUUUCGUACAUUCAUUUUUUUUAUCUUUUUUAGUGUAUAAAACAAAUUAAUUAAGACAAAUCAUGUGUGUAUACACCUACUGUACUGUUAUAAGAGUAUUAUUCUGCAUGAUCCUUUUUUCUUUUUUUUUUUUUUUUCUGACGCUUUAAAUCAUUGAUCGAAACGUUUUUAUAAUGAUUUCAUUAUUAUUAUUAUUAUUAUUAUUAUUAUUAUUAUUAUUAUUAUAUUUUACAAUAUAUAUACAAGAUAAUGAAGGCAAGAUUAGAAUUUGAUUUUCUUCUAUUUAUAUGUGUAUACAUAUAUAUAUAUAUAUGUAUGUAUGUAUGAAUAGGAACACAGUAUAUGUAUGUAUAUGUGUGCGUGUAUAAUAGAAGUAGAGGGCCCUGUGCACAUAUAUACACACGUAUAUGUAUAUAUAAUUUGAAUUUAAGGUUAACUUUAUGAAAUGAAGUUUUUUCAAUUCUCUUUUCCUAAUUUUUUCGUGCUUUCAAUAGAGCAAUUCGCAAAUUGAUUGAUCAAACGAUUUUUUUUUAAAUUAUGAUCGUGAGGAUUAUUUUUUAUUUAACACGCAUCGAGAAUUGCUCCUUAAGAAAACUCGUUGCCCGUUCUCAUUGUUAUAUUAAUUAUUAUUAUUUUUUUUUAACUCAGCUUGUGUAUAAAGAGACUGAUACAUAAAUUUCCUUACUCGAUCAUUCAUAUAUAUAUAUAUAUAUAUAUAUAUAUAUAUAUAUAUAUAUGUAUAUAUGUAUGUAUGUAUGUAUGUAUGCUAGUUGGUAUUCAUUCGUUUUUCAUCAUUUUCAUAUAACUCGAUCCACGUACAAACUGAUUGAAGGAGUAAUAGAGAUCAUCGAUCGAGGACCAACGAUCGUAGAAUCAUUGAUGUGUAAAGAAAGAAUAAAUAAAUGAUAUGUGUAGACUGACAUUCUUAUUUUAUUUCCGUAAGUGUUUAAAAUCUAUACAACAUAACCUUAAAAACGUAUCUUAUUUGUAAAUUAAUUCAAAUUAGUUAGUUAAAUUAUCUAUCCUACUUGUUUUUUUUCCCCCUUAUUUAUGAAUAAUUAGACUAUUUUAAUAGAAAAUUUUAUUGUAUAAUUCUUUUUAAAAGAAGAUUUGUAAAUUAUGGAUUGAAUUAAUAAAAAUCGACUAAACUACAAAAUUCAACGUAGUACCGAAGCCCAUAUGACGAAUCGAAUCGUGAAGGUUUCCAUGACAACGAAUGUUUUCCUUUUAAUAACUGUUAUGGCGGACGUUGAGGAAGAAUUAGCUUAGUCGCAGGUAAUCUAGCUUCUUCUAUUCAUUAUAUUUUCUCAUAGUCUGAGAGAACAAUUCGAGUAUUUUUCGUGUGACCUUGAGAAGAACGAUAAAUCGGAAAAGGAGAACAGAAUCGUUUGAUGUUCGAAGAGGGGAUACAGUGUAUUAUUUUAAAAUUAUUUUUCGUAUGUGAAUCAUGAAUCAAUGAAAUAGCGAUGACUAUAAGAAGGAUUUCUGAAAAAUUCUGGUCUUAUUGAAUGAACCGAUUCGAGAACAUCACUUUGAAGAAAGAAUAUUUGAAUAAAUGGAGGGAGAUGCGGCUGAAGUAUUAUUGCCCUGUGCAAUUUGUACACGGACAUUCAUGCCACGAUCUUUAGAAAAACAUGCAAAGAUAUGUGAACGAGCUGCGGCAAAAAAACGAAAGCCAUUCGAUUCGGCCAAACAGAGAAUUCAGGGUACUGAUCUCGCGGAAUUUCUUCCGCGACAGGAAAAGAAAAGAUAUUUGAAUGAUGAGAAACAUAAAUCUUCAUGGAAAGAGACGCAUGAUGAUUUUUUACGAACAAUUAGGGCUGCUCGAAGUGAAACGGCAAGUAUGAUAAUCAAUCAAAGGCAAUCGAGUUCCCACGCGUCUUCAGGUGCACCGAUGAGAGCGAAUGAAAAGGGUACGUGUCCAACGUGUAAUCGUCAAUUUGGAGUAAAGGCGUACGAUCGACACGUAGCCUGGUGUAAGGAAAGAUCAACGAGAUUACCGAUAAGUCCAGCUACGAAGAACAUUGCUAAGGAACGUUUGGAAGCGCGUAUGAAGUAUCGUGCGCCGACUUUGAAAAAUCGUCGAAAGAAUAAUCGUGAUAAAUAUUCUCAGAGUUGUACAGCCAAUAAAACACCUAACAGAGUGAGAGAAACGGUUUCUGUACCUGAUAAUACUCGUGAGAAGAUCAAGGAGAACAUUACUAAUUCGCAAAAAACAAUCGUAACUGGCCGAGGGGAUCAAUCAAAUAAUGGAGAAACAUAUAAUUUAGGUGAAUCUAGAGAAGCAACAAAACGUUCUAUAGUUAGGACUUCGAAUUCAUCUAAUCGUCCUCUAUGGAGUAAUUACAUGCGCAGACGACCGGAUUUUAAUCUCGUGCUUAGGUGUAGAAUUGGUGCCUGCAAGGAAUACGACCCUUUUUUAAUAGCAGAACGACAAAUGCAAGAUUUGUUAUCGGAUUCGAGUGAUUUAUCGUUAACAGAAAUUCCAUCGUCGUCGUCAACAAAAUCUCUCCUUCCUCUUUCACAUUCUUCCGCUUUCAUUAAAUACCCAUACCAAACUAAAACAAAUCUUUUAGAAAAAUCCAUUACCAACGAAUUCGAUGAACUCACAUCAGAUUUUUCGAGCGAUUCCACAGAAACAAAUUCACUAUCGCGUGAAAUAUUUCUUAAAGAUUUUCAUGAUUCAAAGAAAAACGAUCGGACAAAAAAGAUUUCUAAUAGAGAACUCGGUCGUAGAAUGAUCAUUGACAGAUCAUUAGCUUUGGGGACAGAAAUUGAUCAAGAUAAAUCUAAUAGUAUCGAUAAGCAAUAUAAAAAUGAUAUUUUUAAUAAAGGAAUCUCUAAAUCUAUACCUAAUAGAUCACAAACGAUUCGUGCUUUUUCAGCACCUAAAUCUAUUUAUCAAAGAAAAAAUAAAACUCUUAACGCUAAAGAUAAUAAUAAUCAAGAAGCGAAAUAUAAUGAUAAUAACGUUCGAAACGAUUAUUUAACAUUUUCAAAUAGCGAUCUUAGCCUUAGCUCGAUCGUUUCUUCUGAGAUUGAUCUAAAACGUUCUAAUUCUGUAUUCGAUCAAUUAAUAACUUCUUUCGAAGAUGAUAUCGUUGGUAAUGGUUCUUUUCCAUCCUUGAGGUCUCUCCUAAGAAACGAAUCCUUGAGAACUUCAUCCAAUGGUCCACCUCCUCCUGAUAAUAACAGACAAUUUGAUGGACAUAUCAGUGACGAGGAAUUUUCUUCAGCGGAAAAUUACAAACAACAGGAACAUAAAAUUAAUGCUGAUUCUGCAUACAGCAGUUUAAAUCGCAAAUAUUCCAACCAUGGACGCAGCAGCAACAACGACACGACAAAUCGUAUGGAGGAUAACAUGUCCAGGAAUAAUCGUCGAGAAAGUCAACCACCGAUUUCAAAGACGAAAUGUAGGAUGUCAAGAUUUUGUCACGAGUGUGGAUCUAGAUUUCCUGAGACUGCCAAGUUUUGUUGUCAAUGUGGUGUCAAGAGGCUUGCACUUUGAUUUCUUUAUUUAUUUAUUUAUUUUUUUUUUUUCUUUUUUUUUUUUUUUUUUUUUUUUUUCAUUCAGUGUUGGAAAAGAAGAUUUUUUUUCUUUUCCUUAGAAUCGAUGAUGAAUCGUUAAUUACGAAUAUUACAAACAAAUGCAAUAAUUAAUUAAACUUCUUGUCAAAACGAUACUUGUAAUAUACAUAUGUAACUUAUAUAUUCAAGUGUCCUUUAUUAUUAUCUCAGGAAGUAUUGCAUUUUAAUUUUGGAUUUUAAUUCAGAUUUAAUUAAUUAAGUUUAUAGAAAAAGGAGGAACACACGCGUGUCCCCUUAUAAUUUUAUUAUAAAAUAAUAUAAAAUAAGCAGUCUGUAUGUCGGAGUACUAUGCCAAUUUCGAUCUGUAUUAAUUAUUUGUAAGUUAAAAUUGUAUUUUUACAAAUGCAAUAAAUAAUUAUGCUUGA